AUCGAUUUUUCUCGCAGUGCAGCCUGCUCUCCUAGCCCAUGGCUAACAAUCACUCUCGUCGGACUGGGGAGGAGGUUCGAGUUCGGCUCGCUGGCCUGGUGGUCUUAUCUUAGGAGGAGUACGCGAAGAAUUCGCGGCUGUAAUACGACACCAACAGCCUGCAGACAGACGCUCCCAGAUCGCCAAGUAUGUCAGUCACACUUUUGUUGUCCGUUUUUCAUUGUUUUGUGUGAGCGGAAAUUAAUAAUAGACUUACAAUUCAUUAAUAAGAACCAAACAAAGGCGAAAAUAUUUGCACAGAGUGCACUGGAGCAGCAACUGCAAUAGGAAUCGAACAGACGCGGGAAUAAAACUGUUUCAAAGUCGAAUCCCAAGGUUUACUGAACUUUCGACAAGCCGAGAGACAGAGAGAGAGAAAUGGUUCGGCAAUUCUCGCCCUGGAAGGUUCUCACCCGGCGCAAGAAUCUCCAAGCGGAUGGCAGCGAGGGGGAUACGAAACUGAAUCGAGUGCUUGGUCUGUGGGACCUCACGGCCCUGGGAGUGGGAUCGACCCUGGGAGCAGGGGUCUAUGUGCUGGCCGGGCAGAUAGCCAAGGAUCAGGCGGGUCCCUCGGUGAUGAUAUCAUUUGCCAUCGCCGCUCUGGCAUCUUUGUUGGCGGGAGUAUGCUAUGCGGAAUUCGGAGCUCGAGUUCCCAAGGCGGGAUCGGCCUAUGUAUAUAGUUAUGUCUGCAUUGGAGAAUUUGUGGCUUUUGUUAUUGGCUGGAAUCUCAUUUUGGAAUAUGUUAUUGGCACUGCGAGUGUUUGUAGGGGUAUCAGUCUGUAUCUGGACUCCUUGCUGAAUGAUACCCUGAAAAACACAUUUGCCGAGGUGGCACCCAUGAAUGUAAGUUUUCUGGGCAGCUACUUUGACUUUUUGGCCUUUGGCUUGGUGGUUGUUUUUGGAGUGGCACUUGCAUUUGGUGUGGAGACAUCUACGAUGGCUAAUAAUUUUGUGACCUGUGUAAAUAUAUUCAUUUUGGGUUUUGUCAUAAUUGCUGGUGCGAUUAAAGCCGACUUCUCCAACUGGACGGUGGAUCCCAGUACAGUCAGUGCGAAUUCCACCAUCGGAUCGGGGGGUUUUUUCCCCUUCGGAUUUGAGGGAACUCUCCGUGGAGCGGCCACCUGCUUUUUCGGCUUCGUGGGAUUCGAUUGCAUCGCCACCACCGGCGAAGAGGUUCGAAAUCCUCGCAAGAACAUUCCCAAAUCGAUCCUGCUCUCGCUGCUGAUAAUCUUCCUGUGCUAUUUCGGAGUGUCCACUGUUCUGACACUGAUGCUACCAUAUUAUCUCCAGGAUGCCAACGCUCCACUGCCGUAUGCCUUCGAAUAUGUGGGUUGGCCCGUAGCCAUGUGGGUAGUCACCGUUGGGGGUUUGGUGGGUCUGAUGGCUAGUCUCUUUGGAGCCCUCUUUCCUCUGCCCCGAGUGAUGUACUCAAUGGCCCAGGAUGGCCUACUGUUUAGAUUUCUGGGCAAAGUGAGUCCGAGAUUUCGAGUCCCAGUCACUGGAUCCAUUGUGGCAGCGCUUUUCACGGCCGCGAUCGCCGGGCUCUUCGACUUGUCCCAAUUGGUCAGCCUCCUGUCCAUCGGCACUCUGUUGGCCUACAGCGUGGUGGCAAUAUCCAUAAUGCUCCUCCGGUACAUGGACUACUGUGAGGUGGAAGAGAAUCCGGGACAGCGGGAAGUUAGAGCUUCGGAAACCACUUCGUUGACCUCGAGCUCCGAGCGAUUUACCUUCGGUUCGGUUUGCACACAACUAUUCAAUGUGCAUCGCAUCCAGGAACCAAAUGCGAUAUCCUCGAGGAUUGUGGGAGUGCUGGCUACACUGUUUUGUCUGAUUUCCUUGGGAAUAGGUGUAGUGAUAAUGCAGGCCCAUCCCUCGAUUGCCUCCAAGGAGAUCUGGGCUCUGACUCUCCUGGUUGUCCUGGUCCUGCUGAUGUUCCUGGUGAUCCUGCUCAUUUGCCUCCAGCCCAGAGAAGCUCGUCGCCGGCUGUUCCGAGUGCCCUUCGUACCGAUUGUCCCCGCCAUCAGCAUCUUCAUCAACAUAUACCUAAUGCUCCAGCUGGACAGUUGGACGUGGAUACGUUUCGGGGUCUGGAUGAUUGUGGGUAUUCCCGUAUUCCUUGCAUGCUGGUAUCUGUACGAUAGCAAGAAUCCGGAGAAGAGAAACCCCGAGAGGUGGGCCUUCUACAAGGCGCUGAAGGGAUUGCAGGAGAGUCGGGAGCAGGAGUACCACUGCAUCUCGAAGGAGAGUGUCCUGACCCUGGAGACGCAGCUGAAGAAGAGUCCCAGCAGCAGUUUGGAUCAGAUUCAGAAUCUGAGUGAUGUGGGCGACGAGCUGGUCGAAGUGAAGCAUGCCAAUGGCAAGGUUUUCUAUGUGGAGGACACCAAGAGUGAGAACUCCACGGCCACCUUGGGCUGCGACACUGAGUCGCCGUCGCGGGAGGACGAGCAGUCGGUGAUAGCCAUGCUGGACGAUGUCCUGGAGGCCGAGGACAUGCAGCAGAGCCAGCAGGAGCUGGACCUCCGGCAGCAGAUGAUCUUCGAGCGGCACUUUAGCCUGGACUCCGAGAUGUAUCCGAGUGUCAUAGAGACCGUCAUUGUGGCCACCGUUCACAGCAGCAGCGACGAUGAUGAGACUGAAAGCGGAGUUUCCCUCAAGUUAAGCAAAUACGAGGAAUGCAAAUUGGUGGCCCAUCAGAUGCUGGAGGAGCUGUUCAAUAGCGAGGCUUUCUACGAACAGUUGCAGCGGGUUAAAAGCAAAGAGGUUGUCCUGCUGAAAGAGGAUAAGUCAGGGGAGGAUGGGGAAUCCGAACGAAAGCCUGUUUUUGUACUGCAACGCCUGCCCUCGCAGACUUCCCUCAAAUCCCAGGCCUCCGCCAUUGAGGAUCCCCUGCACUCGGCCAAGUUUAAAGACCGCUUAAGCCACAUCAUUAUGAAUGGCAAUGCCCAGCAGGUGAAGGGGGUGGCCAAGAGGUCCGAGGAGGAGAGGGAGGACCAGGUUGAGGAGCCGAAAGCAAGGCCGCUGCUAAAGCAAUCGAAAAGCGAGACCGAUGUGCGUCGCUUAAUGCUCAAGGCCAUCAGUGAGCUGAAAAUCGACCAUAAUGAGGCUGGUAAUGCUGAUGAGGUCCUCGCAGAAGUGCCCACCCCCACCCCCUCAAAGGCCCCCGCUGCAGUUGCGGAUGCGGCAACUGCAGGUGGCAACAACAUACCGCGUCCACCGAAAUUCGAUCCGGUGCUGUACAAGACCAUCAACAGCAUUAGUUUGCGCAAACAGCGACCCAGUUUGAGUCGGCCGCAUAUCGUGGAUGCCAGGAACCCGGCACUCCUGCCACCGGAAUCGCAGCCGGAGACACGUCCGGAUCCUGGCCAGCAACCGGAGUCGAAGCCGUUGCCAUUCAAAGCCAAAUUGGAGGCCAUAUUGCAGCGGGGUCCCUCGCACCGAACCCAACAACAUCCGGACUUGGUGCGUCGCCAACGUCCGCAGUCCACCUACAUAGAAGUGGAGGAAGUGGAGAGCUGAGGGGCUGU